GUGGGCACAUCCCUCCAGGUGACUCAAACGCACAUGAAUGAUUCAGGUGGUUUGACCACCACCCACGGCUGUUUCUCAGAAGCCAAAAGAUACCUUUUGGGCCUUGCAGCUGCCUCUGGCCUUUUGUCAGCUAGCUAGUCCAUGGGGGGGAGCUGUGAUCCCCCCACCCUGGGCCUUCUCAGGUUGCAGCCCAAUAGGCUUAGCCUCGCACUCCCUUAAUGAAGGCGAACAUGAACCCUGGCUCGACUGUGGCCAUCUGGACACCCUCGGAAACAGGAUCGCUGGUCCCCAGGGAGCCGCUUCCCAAAGAGGCGGGCGGCUGCAAGGCUCUGGCAAAGAGAGCACAGGUAACCGAAUCCAGCGGGGGAGGGGGGGAGGCCAGCUACAGCAUCCCUUUUGUCUCAGGCCCUGCAGGAAAUCUCCCGAGGCAGCCGUCGCCUUCGUCUCGCCCACCCCUUCUUUGCUUCACAGCAGGAGAAAGCAGGGCCCGGUGGGGCUCGGGGCUACGGACCAUGGCCAGCCGCAGCUCACCUGCACACCUGCGGGCUUGGAAGGGGGGCCAUGGGGCCGGGAUUCCGGACGACAGCCUCACCAACCUCCAGUGGCUCCAGGAGUUCUCCUUCCUCCCUGCUGACCCGGAGGCACCCUCCGCUUCUGUCCAGCUUGGGCCCUCAAGGGUCCUUCAGGGCUGCUACGGCCCAGCCAGCCCUCCAGCCGGAGACACAGCCGGCCAGGGGAUGCCCCCAAGCACGGGCAAGUUCACCCCCUCCAGCGCCAGCUUCUGGCAGCCUCCCCUGCCAGCUCUUGGAACAGUCGACUACAGGACCAAUGCCCGGGCGAAGCCUCCCUAUUCCUACGCCACCCUCAUCUGCAUGGCCAUGCAGGCCGCCCAAGGGGCCAAGCUCACCCUCGCCUCCAUUUACUCCUGGAUCAUGGAGAAUUUCUGCUACUACCGCAACGCAGAGCCCAGCUGGCAGAACUCCAUCCGCCACAACCUGUCGCUGAACCGCUGUUUCCAGAAGGUGCCGCGGGGCAAGGACGAGCCUGGCAAAGGGGGCUUCUGGCAGCUCAACCCCCAGUUCGCGGGCAGGCUGACCAACGGGGGGACGCCACGGAAGCGAAUGCCAGCCCUGCCCUCUGCUGCGGCUGCUGCUGCCGGCACCAGACGGGGGUGCCCUCGGAGGGCCAGAAGAGGCCAAGGCCCACAGGCUACACUUCGGAGGGCCGCAGCAGAGCUCAGCCAGGAGGCAGCCGUCCUGCGGGGCCAGCUCAGCUGGGCACUGGGGCUGGAGGGUGCUGAUGCAGCUGCCAGCGAAGACCUGGAGCUCAGUGCAGCCCUCGACGGCCUGAUCCCCCCGCCACCCCUCGGCACCCUGAGCCCGGCCCGGCCCACCACUCCCCCGGCCCAGCAGGAGCACGAGGAGGAGGAGGACCUGGUGCUGCGCUCCUCGAAGCCUCUGACUGAGCCGUGGGAGGAAGCCGGGGAGGAGCCGCCCCUGGGGGCCAGUUGGGGCCUGGACGAGGAGCCCGCCUUCGCCGACACCUUCCUGCUCGGGAUGGCGCCCUGGGAAGCUUGAGCCAUGGGGGAGCUGCUGCUGCCAGCCAGACCUGAGGGCCAGCAGGCGCUGUCGGGGGGAGGGGGGCACCCGCUUGGCUGGCUGGGGGCUGCUGGCCUACUCCGGCUGCAAGAAGGCGCGGCUGGUGUGGGGCAGGGGGGGCAAGUCCCCUAGUGUGGCCCCCGCCCCACGGGUCUGAGGCCCUGACUGACUCCCCCACCUUCCACUUUUCCAUUUUUGUACAAAAGCCGAAGUAAAGCUCUUGGCAGCAGACCCUGCUUCCAGUAAACACAG